UGGUCAUGACAUCAUCAAAGGUCCUUUAGACCACUAGGACUUCUCAUCUACCGGCAGGACAUGGCGGCCGGGCUCCCGGUGUUUAGACUCUGGGUCUUCUUCAUCCUGUUCUCCAAAGUCCGGGGCGACCAAGAGGAGUUCACGCCGGGACAUUCGGUGGGCUCCCUGUCUGUAGGCGCUGCCGCAGCUGGUCGCAGAUACCUGCUGUACGACGUCAACCCUCCAGAAGGAUUUAACCUGCGCAGAGACGUUUACAUCCGCAUGGCAUCCCUUCUUAAGACUCUACAGAAGAACUCUGAUUGGGUGCUGGUUUUACCCCCGUGGGGUCGUCUCUAUCACUGGCAGAGUCCUGACAUACAUCAAGUGCGGAUCCCCUGGUCCGAAUUCUUUGAUAUGGACAGUCUGAGAGACAAUAUCCCCGUGAUUGAAUAUGAAGAAUUCCUGGCAGAAUCGGGAGGACCCUUUAUUGAGCAGGUUUAUGUUCUGCAAGGUUAUGCCGAGGGCUGGAAGGAAGGCACCUGGGAGGAGAAGGUGGACGAGAGACCCUGUAUAGAUCAGCUGAUGUACUCGGAGGACAAGCAUGGAUACUACAGAGGGUGGUUCUGGGGUUAUGAAGAGACCAGAGGUCUAAACGUCAGCUGCCUUUCAGUACAAGGGUCGGCUUCCAUCAUGGCUCCAGUACUACAGAAGAACACCACUGCAAGGUCCAUAAUGUUAGACAGAGCUGAAAACCUUCUACAUGACCACUAUUCAGGAAGAGAUUAUUGGAAUACACGUCGCAGUAUGGUGUUUGCUAAGCAUCUGAGGAUAAUCGGAGAUGAGUUCCGGACCAACUUUCUACAGUCUAAUGAUGACGCUGACAAAACCAUAUUCCAGGAAGACUGGACAAGAGUGAAGCAAAAGCCUAGCAAACCACUAGGGGGACCUUACCUUGGAGUUCACCUUCGAAGAAAAGACUUCAUUUGGGGCCACAGAGAAGAUGUUCCCAGCCUGCGACGAGCAGCAGAAGAAAUUCACAGCCUUUUGAAAAAACUGAAGCUCAAGAAGGUUUUUAUCGCCACAGACGCUGACAGACAAGAUCUUGAAGAGCUGCGAAAGUUGAUCCCUGAAAUGUUGAGGUUUGAACCCACCUGGGAAGAGCUGGAGCUGUACAAGGAUGGAGGGGUUGCAAUCAUAGACCAGUGGAUCUGUGCACAUGCAAGAUACUUCAUCGGUACCUCCGUUUCCACCUUCUCGUUCCGCAUACACGAAGAGAGAGAGAUUUUAGGCUUUGACCCAAAGACAACCUACAACCGGUUCUGUGGAGAUAAUGAAAAGAACUGUGAGCAGCCCACACACUGGAAAAUUGUCUACUGACCUUCUAAGACACUUUGGGCCUUGGGAGGCUUCUGGACCAUGUUUCAGAUACUAUAGAGCUGUUACUUGCUCUGGUUUUAAGGGAUCCUUGUGCUUUCUGAAGCUCACUGAGACGUCUGUAAUUAGAGCUUCAGUUGGCGUAGACCUGGCACCACGGGUUUCACAAACAGCUGUUGAGGGAUUUUAUAGUUACUCGAGAUGAGAAAAAAAGUCUGAAAUUUUUUUUUUAAAAGACUGAUGCCAAGAAUACAUUAAUGAAAUUCCUGAACAAGAAUAGCUGCUCAUAAUGAACAAAUAUGUUCUCGAGGGUCUUGAUGUGAUAGGUCGGUGCUCUACGUCUUAGUAAAACCACAUUCAGUAUGUACAAGUCUUUAUUUUUUUGGGAACAUAAUAUUUUGUAUAAGACUUAAGUAAUUCUGUCUCCUUGAUCUCUGUCCCCACCCUCAACCUGUGCUAGACGUCUGUAGUGUUAGAGGCGUCUUCAGUAUUAUCACAGGAGUGCCAGUUACCAUGUUAAAGAGAUCAUUAAAAGUCUCAGACAAAGCCUCCAAUUGCCUUAAAAUAAGAAUUGAUGUUAUACUCGCCCCUUUCUUCAGCGCUGGUCUAGCAAGUGACCGCUGCAGCCAAUUACUUUCUGUAGAGAUCUACUACAGAGGCCACGUCGUAUACCUUCAUAUCACCGCUGCAGUUUGUAAACAACUAAUGGCAGGAGGACCGGACCAGCGCCGCAGAGAAAGGGGUGAGUAUAACGUCAGAAUAAGGGCUCAAGCACACGACCGUAUGUAUUUUGCGGUACGCAAAAAACAGAUCCGCACAAAAAUACGGAUGAUGGCCGUGUGCAUUCUGUGUUUUCUGCAGAAUGGAACCGCAGGGCCCUAAUAGAACAGCCCUAUCCUUGUCCAUAAUGCGGACAAUAAUAGGACAUGUUCUAUUUUUUUUUGUGGAACGGAAAUGGAAUGCACACAGAGUAACUUCCAUUUUUUUGCGGACCCGUUGAAAUGAAUGGUUCCGCAUAAGGUCCGCAAAAAAAACUGAACGGACACGUUCAUGUGUAGGAGCCCUAAGGCAAUUGGAGGGCUUGUGCACUCGGCAUCUAAG